AUGGAUUUGCUUGCUGGUUUUGCAGUUAAUGCAUUUGUGUUUCAUGUGAUUCAGGAACCGGCUAUGGAGAGUAAUGAUAACCCAUUUUCAGACACGUUUUCAGACCCACUUUGCAAGCUUAAUCUCAAGGAGACAUCCGAGUUUGUCAAGUCUUUUCCAAUGUCGGGUUUGGAUGUUUCAACGCAGAGGAGGCGAGUUGGGGUGAACUCAGUGACAACAAAAAGUGGAGUUUUUGAAGCUCCUUCUACACCAGGUAGGCCUGUUUUCAGCUUCAGUGGCGGCGGCGGCGGUGGUAGAAAAGGCUUUCCUUCAAAGUGGGAUGAUGCAGAGAAAUGGCUAAUCAGCAGCUCUUGCCAUGACUCUCCUGCUCACACCAUUAGGCCGCCACCGGCACAGUCGUCUAAGGUGGCUAAACAAAGUGAUAACUUUAAGCAACAAGGUGAAGUAUUUUCUGAUAAAUCAAGGGUAACUGAGGAGAAAGUUACCUUUAAAGGGUCAGUUUCAUUGGGACACCAUAAUACAACCAGAGGCUUUAAUGGAAUCCCUGCCUCCAUUGAUGUCUUUCUAAAAGAUAAGUUCACAGAUGAAAUAGAACCGAUUUUGCCGGAUUUCAGAUGUUCAGAGCCCUCAAGAGAAGGGUUUCUUUUCCAAAACUCAGCCACUGAAACCAUGAAAGAUGCAGGCACCGAAGUGUUCCAUGAAGUUAAACAUAAGGACGCCGGGACCGAGAUGACUCCGCUCGGAAGUUCGAUGACUUCUAGAUGCCACACGCCGUGCAAGAGCUCGUCGCCCGUGCGGCAUAACACGCCGGCUAAUCGGUCAGGUCCGUUGAAUUCCGCCGAUUCGAGUAGUUCUAAUAGCACAAUUGGCAUUUCACAGCUGCAAGAAUGUCAUCUAGCUAAGUUACAACUUGGGUCUCAAUAUGAUUCCAUCACAUCGAAUUGGAGCUCGAGGGAAGAGGAGGAGGAAGAAGUGUCAAAGAGCCUUAGACAUUACGAGACCGGCAGUGGGUGCCGGAGAAGUGUUUUGGAUUCGAGAACUCCUACAUGGGAAGAAGAGGAAAGGACUAAAUGUUGCCUGAGGUACCAGAGAGAGGAAGCAAAAAUCCAAGCUUGGGUGAACCUUCAAAGUGCAAAAGCAGAAGCUCAAUCAAGAAAGCUCGAGAUGAAAAUCCAAAAGAUGAGAUCUAAACUAGAGGAGAAAUUAAUGAAAAGAAUGGCGACGGUUCAUCGAAAAGCCGAGGAAUGGAGAGCUUCGGCGCAACAGCAACACGCAGAGCAAAUGCAAAAGCCGAACAAUGCACGGAUGAUUAACCGAAGUAACUUGAACUUUUCCGGAAACAUCUCAUGUGGUUGUUUACCUUGCAAUAACAGAUACUGAAAAGAUAGAUCAUUUCCACCCCUGCCAUUCUUGCAAAGCUUU